AUGGCAGAAGAAGCAGGACUAAGUCCAGCUGAACUGAAGCAGAUGCUUCCGGGCGACACGACCACAGCAGAGCAGCUGUCGUCAAUGAAAGAGUCGCUGGAGAGCCUGAUGAGAAAGGUGGAUAGCCUAACGGCUCGAGGCUCACAACAGGAGCCUCGUCAGGCUGCUGGAGCAGAAUGCAGCAGAACUGCGCCGCCGAUCGUAUACGAACAACUGGAUGUCGGCGACUUCGACAAUGUCGAAUAUUCUGGAUUUCGAUCCAAUAGCGGCGGCGCAAGCAAGAAAGGACGACCGAGUGCAGGCCGAGGACCAGGGACUCGAGCCAAUCGCCGUCGACUCGGUGCCAAAGCCAAGAUGAAGGCAUAUUUGGAUCUGAUCACCUUGAAAGACAUGGAGGCGUAA